CCCCCACCGAGUCCCCGCAGAUAAAGGCCCAGGGCCGCCGCGCGUCCUAGGCAUCUCCGCGUGUCCUGUCCUGCCUGCCAUGUCUCGCCGCUGCACGCCACUCGCCUGGGUCCUCCUCGCCCUCCUGGGCCUCGGGGCGGCUAAAGACUGCGGCCCCAUCGUGUCCCGCAGAGAGUGGAGGGCCCUGGGGUCCAAAUGCAGCCAGAAGCUAAGACUGCCCGUGCGCUAUGUGGUGGUGUCGCACACUGCGGGCGCCGUCUGCAACACUCCGGCCUCGUGCCUGAGGCAGGCCCAAAACGUGCAGCACUACCACAUGCAGGAGCUGGGUUGGUGUGACGUGGGCUACAAUUUCAUGAUCGGAGAAGAUGGGCUCGUGUAUGAGGGCCGGGGCUGGAACAUCAAAGGUGCCCACUCUGGGCCCACGUGGAACCCCAUAGCCAUCGGCAUCUCCUUCAUGGGCAACUACAUGGAUCGGGUGCCCCCGGCCCGCGCUCUCAGGGCGGCCCAGAGUCUGCUGGCUUGCGGCGCAGCUCAGGGAUACUUGACUCCUAACUACGAGGUCAAAGGACACCGCGAUGUGCAGCAGACGCUCUCUCCAGGGGACCAGCUCUAUGAAAUCAUCCAGCAGUGGCCACACUACCGCAGCGUGUGAGGGCCUGUCCGUCUUCUCACACCCCACCCAUCCC